CCUGGCUGGUCUCAAACUCCUGGGCUCAACCAGUGCUCCCACCUUAGCUUCCCAAAGUGUUUGGGAUUUCAGGCGUGAGCCACCAUGUCCCGCGCUUUACUUAUUAAGUCAAGAAUUUUCACCUUUUCACUUAAAGGAAGCACUCAAUGGCUUCUCUUUGGCAUAUCCAAAUUGCCAGCAUAACUAUUCUUGCAUUUUGGGGCCCUAAUGAAGUAAACUAAAGGCUACUUGAACACUAGCACUGUAAUACCCAGACAGUUAAACUGAUCACCAUGAGGGCUACUAAGUGGCUAAUGGGCAGGUAGCAUGUACAGUGAGAACACACUGGAUAAAGGCAUGAUUCAUGUUUUGGGCAGGCCAGAGCUGGGCAGCAUGAGAUUUCAUCACAGUAUUCAGAACAGUGUGCAAUUGAAAACUUAACAAUUGCUUAUUUCUUGAAUUGUCCAUUUAAUAUUGUUGGACCUCAGUUGACUGUGGGCAACUAAAACCACAGAAAGCAAAACUGCAGGUAAGGGGGACUAGUAUGCUUAUAAUACAAAGUGAAUUACACUGUGGCCCAAAGAAAGAUUUAAAACAAAGUGGUAUAAAGUAUUAUAAAUUAGAGUAAUCAGUCUUGUAAAGAUGUCUUAGAGUAAGCAGGUAGUAUUUGAAAUGAGCUUUGACCAUAAAGCUGAAAAUGAGAUGGGACACCCCUGGUAAGGGUUUAAUGUUACCUAAGAUAGAGAGAGAGAAAAUCCAAACCUUUAAAAUAAAACAACUUGGCAGAAAUAGAGGAUGUUGCACCUAUAAUUGUAGUGAGAGAGAAAAUGGAAGAGUUCAAUGUAGCUUUUGGAUCAUAUCCGGGUGUAAGGAGGUUGUGCUUGAUUCCAUGGGAGGUAAUGGUUUUUGAAGAGGGAAAUGUGUCAUCAAGCUCACUUUUGAGACAAAUUGAUUCAUCUGUCAUAUAUUAGAUAAACAGAAUGGAGGUGAGAACAGAAGGAGGGAGAACAGUUAACAACUCAUUAACAAGUGUCCUAAGUGACAAAUAGUGAAGGCUUUGACUAAGAUAGUAAGAAUGAACUAGAAAGGAGGGUCUGGUAUGAGAGACAUUGUGUUCAAGCAGAAUCCACAUGAUUUAGCAACUGAUUUAGGAAGGGAGAGAGGGGCCCAUAGUGACUGCUUUCCUGCUUGGAUGACUAGAAUAAUGUGGUUUCAGAAUAGAAACAGGAAAUUGGACAGAUGAUGUAUCCUUGUCUUUAACUGAAUGGAUUUAAGAUGCUGGAAGAAUUUUGAGGGUGACUGUUUCAAACUAGUGUUUCAAAAUGAGGUGGGACAUUCCUGAGGGAGAUAGAGAAAGAUAUUUGGGAGUUUUAGUCUAAAACAAUCUCAAAAUGGGAGAGGGGAGACUUUGUAGCUCAUUUUGUCCUAUGGACUCAUCUUACUUGAGUUUCACCCCUUUCCUUGUAUCUGCCAAAUGUUUUUCUAUCUUGAUUUGAACUUUGAGUCUAUGGAGGCUAAACCCGUGGCCCCCUGGAGGUUACGUCUAAAUUGCUGACGUGAGGCAAAUUGAUUAGUAGGAUAAAUGGCAUACAAAUGUAUUUAACUUGUAUAUACGGGAGCCUUCAGAAUGAAGACCCUAAGACACAGGGGAAAUUGUCUAUUUUUCUGCUUAGAUUCUACAAAGUAUAGACAGCCCUGUAGAAAUAUGAUUGGACAAAAAUGAUAUGAUCUAGUGCUGAUAGACUGAGUGGGGAAACCCAGCAAAGCCCAUCUAUCUAGAUUCUUCUUGGUCUGUCUGUGCAUGUAUUUGUUCCUUGCGGGUAUGGAUCAGGACCCUUUCUGGAAUGGGGUCUUAGGACCUAUAGUCAAACAAGGUAAGUGAGAUCAUUUCUUUAUGGCCAGUUUGUUCACAGAUAGGACAGAGGGAAAGUUAGAGUAAUAUCUUUAAGUUUAUGAGUGGCUUUGGGACAAAAGGGGUUCUGGCUUCUAUGACCUGCCUUGGGGAAGAGGGAUUCUAGUUUCUAUGGCCAGCCUCCGUGGAGAAUGGGAUGGAGAGAUAGGAGCGCUGGAGGAGGUCAAAGAAAAACUUUUGCUUCUGAAGCUGUUUUUGAGGUUUUCAUUUUGGGGCAUUGUUUUCUGAGCCCUAACAAGUCUAUGACAUCCUGAGGCAGGCAUUUCUGUUUGCACCAUUCAGUUUGCAAUUUCUUCUUUAUUCUGCGUUCUCUAAAGUUCUUUCCCUUUGAACCUAGUUCUACAUCUUGGGACCCUAGAGCAUUUGUAGUUCUGUCUCACAGACGCUCUUCUGAUGUUUUAAGAAAGCUAUAAAGUCCCUCUUUAGCCUCCUUUUCCGAUAAUGCAGGGAGUGUAAAUGGUGCUCAGAGGCAGUAUAAUAUCUUCAUGCCCUCUUUUGCUAUGCUCCCUGCUAGAAUUUUCCCAGAUAUAAAUAAAUUCAUAGAAAACUACAAACAACUUGCAAUGGUUCUAGGCUCAAUUAAUCUAACAUUCGAAAUUGAAAUAAAAAUCCUUCACAGAAAUCAAUAGGGUUUCACUGUAGAUAAAUGCCUGAGGGCACAUGUCCACCUCUGUCACCUCUCCCGCUUCCAAUGCUCCUUUAUUCUUUUAUAGGCUAAACAUCUCUACUUGGCAUGAUGGUUCAUGUGACAGUUUCCAGUCAUAUCACUGUCUUUGGUCUCAGUAGCAUGGAGAAAAACAAGACCAGCUCCUCCCUUGGUCUACAUAAUGUGAUUAUAUAUAUACACUAAAUCAGUUGUGUGUUUGGAUACACACCCUGUCUGGCUCAUAGACACACUGCCACCAAUGCCUGUUAAUCAUCUGCAGCUGGCUGUGUAACCAAGUGGAAGUUUACCCUUCGUUGCUAUUAUAUUUCGCCUUACUAUCCAUUAGGUCCUCAGACAACAUCAUUUUGUUCAAUGUUGUUUCAUUAUAACACUGAUGAGAAAAAAAGUCAAUCCCCAGCCAGGACCACUGUCUAUGUGGAAUUUGCACUUCUCUGAAUGUCUGAAUGAGUUUUCUCCGGGCACUCUGUUUUCCUCCCACAUCCAAGACCUGUGCAUGUUCAGUUCAUUGGUGUGUCUGAGUGGUUCCAGUCUGAGUGAGUGUGUGUGUGCGUGUGCACACCCAGUGAUGGGCUGGCAUCUUGGUCACAGUAGAUUUCUACAUGGCACCCCGAGCUGCUGGGAUAGGCUCCAACCACUCGUGACUCAGAACUUGGAUAAGCAGAAACUCCACUUACUGUAUGAAAGUAUCCAUCUCGCUAACAGUGGGUGAAAAUGACACUGGACUCUGCUAUAAUUCCAAGAUGAAGUAUUUUGAAAAAGCUGAACUUAGCAAAAGCAAGGAAAUUUCGUGCCGUGACAUAGAGGAUUUUCUACUGCCAACCAGAGAACCUGAAAUCCUUUGGUAUAAGGAAUGCAGGACAAAAACAUGGAGGCCAAGUAUUGUAUUCAAAAGAGAUACUCUGCUUAUAAGAGAAGUCAGAGAAGAUGACAUUGGAAAUUAUACCUGUGAAUUAAAAUAUGGAGGUUUCAUUGUGAGAAGAACUACUGAAUUAACUGUUACAGCCCCUCUGACUGAUAAGCCACCCAAGCUUUUGUAUCCUAUGGAAAGUAAACUGACAAUUCAGGAGACCCAGCUGGGUGACUCUGCUAAUCUAACCUGCAGAGCUUUCUUUGGGUACAGCGGAGAUGUCAGUCCUUUAAUUUACUGGAUGAAAGGAGAAAAGUUUAUUGAAGAUCUGGAUGAAAAUCGAGUUUGGGAAAGUGACGUUAGAAUUCUGAAGGAGCAUCUCGGGGAACAGGAAGUUUCCAUCUCAUUAAUUGUGGACUCUGUGGAAGAAGGUGACUUGGGAAAUUACUCCUGUUAUGUUGAAAAUGGAAAUGGACGUCGACACGCCAGUGUUCUCCUUCAUAAACGAGAGCUAAUGUACACAGUGGAACUUGCUGGAGGGCUUGGUGCUAUUCUCUUGCUGCUUGUGUGUUUGGUGACCAUCUACAAGUGUUACAAGAUAGAAAUUAUGCUCUUCUACAGGAAUCAUUUUGGAGCUGAAGAGCUGGAUGGAGACAAUAAAGAUUAUGAUGCAUACUUAUCAUACACCAAAGUGGAUCCUGACCAGUGGAAUCAAGAGACUGGGGAAGAAGAACGUUUUGCCCUUGAAAUCCUACCUGAUAUGCUUGAAAAGCAUUAUGGAUACAAGUUGUUUAUACCAGAUAGAGAUUUAAUCCCAACUGGAACCUACAUUGAAGAUGUGGCAAGAUGUGUAGAUCAAAGCAAGCGGCUGAUUAUUGUCAUGACCCCAAAUUACGUAGUUAGAAGGGGCUGGAGCAUCUUUGAGCUGGAAACCAGACUUCGAAAUAUGCUUGUGACUGGAGAAAUUAAAGUGAUUCUAAUUGAAUGCAGUGAACUGAGAGGAAUUAUGAACUACCAGGAGGUGGAGGCCCUCAAGCACACCAUCAAGCUUCUGACGGUCAUUAAAUGGCAUGGACCAAAAUGCAACAAGUUGAACUCUAAGUUCUGGAAACGUUUACAGUACGAAAUGCCUUUUAAGAGGAUAGAACCCAUGACACAUGAGCAGGCUUUAGAUGUCAGUGAGCAAGGGCCUUUUGGGGAGCUGCAGACUGUCUCGGCCAUUUCCAUGGCCGCGGCCACCUCCACCGCUCUAGCCACUGCCCAUCCAGAUCUCCGUUCUACCUUUCACAACACGUACCAUUCACAAAUGCGUCAGAAACACUACUACCGAAGCUAUGAGUAUGACGUACCUCCUACCGGCACCCUGCCUCUUACCUCCAUAGGCAAUCAGCAUACCUACUGUAACAUCCCUAUGACACUCAUCAACGGGCAGCGGCCACAGACAAAAUCGAGCAGAGAGCAGAAUCCAGAUGAGGCCCACACAAACAGUGCCAUCCUGCCGCUGUUGCCAAGGGAGACCAGUAUAUCCAGUGUGAUUUGGUGACAGAAAAGCAAGGGGCAUCCCGUCCCUGGGAGCUUGAGUGGAAUCUGCAGUCCAGUGCCUGGAACUAAAUCCUCGACUGCUGCUGUUAAAAAAACAUGCAUUACAAUCUCUAGAACACGAGGAAAAACAGGGUCUUGUACAUAUGUUUUUUGGAAUUUCUUUGUAGCAUCAGUGUCCUCCUGUUUUACCAUGUCUUUUACCAUUACAUUUUUUGACUUUGUUUUAUAUGUCGUUGGAAUUUGUAAAUUUACAUUUUUUUUAAAGAAGAGACUGAUGUGUAGAUAGAAAACCCUUUUUUUGCUUCAUUAGUUUAGUUUUAGAAUGGGUUUUUAUUUUAUUUCCUUUUUUAAAGUUUUACUUUGCUUUUAACAUUUCCUUGGGGUGCUUGGACAAAUCUAUCCAAUGGGACAAGGAGCACCGGAUUCUUUCUCGGGUUCUGCCUAGGAUCAACUGGGCCACAUCGGCCUUCAGAGAACAAUGCAACAAAUGCCAGCAUUGCCAUUUGGGGGAAAAAAAAAAAAAAAAAAAGAUGAGAAGAACACUUGUUCAUAAGAGGGCCCCACCAGUCAGAGCCCUGAAUCUCUUCCUUGUCCCACCUCAUUCCCCACCUCUACCUUUCUAACGGCAGCAUGAUGUGUAAACUCUGUGGAGGGGUGGGGGCGGGUCUAACUGUCUUAACAUUUAAGUCACUGCUCUUCAGAAUACACUCUAGACCCAAAGGUGUGCUAAUCACUUCACAGUGACCACUACAGAGUGCUAAGAAGAGAAGAUCAAGGGCAUGAAAUUGGGGAAGAGUGUUAUUUCCGUUUUUUAAAUGAGUUGAUGUACCCUUAUAUAUAUAUACAUAUAUAUAUAAAUAUAAAUAUAUAUAAAAACAACAAAACAAAACAAAAAAAAGAAAAAAAAAACAAAAAAAAAACAAAAAAAAAAAAUUCAAGCCCUAUAUUUGAUCACUUCCUGGAAAGGCAUGAAUGUGUUUGUGGCUGUUUUUGUUUAAUAUUCUACUUCCUCUUUUCCCUCUAUAAUUUCUCUGCAAAUGAGAUUAUGUGCAAAUGCCAGGCAAGUCAAUUCAAAAGAGUGAAUCAACGCAAGUCAAAAUGAAAUUUACACUGAAGGCUUCCAAACCAAAGGGAAGGACAGGAUGUGUCAUCAAAUGUUUUGUCACCUUGUAUUAUACAAAAUGUUAUUUUCUGAAGAGUCAGAGAAAAUCUGUGAAACUUAUUGUGCGACCCCCUUGUAAUUAAAUGUUAACUCGCUUGUAUUUAAUUUUCAACACUACAUUAAGAAUUAAGUGGUUUCAGUUUGUGGACAUAAGCAAAACUUAUUAAUAUCAAGGUGUUUAAGAACUCAGGAGGUCAAACAUAUGAAUACCAACAGAGAUCAGUAUUUUCAAAAUAAACAUUAUUUAUACAAAAUAGUUUUUAAAUUAGAUCAGAAAGUAUUUAAAAUAAUUAAUUUUACUGUAUAAAGAAUUUGCUUUAUUUUAGCUAUGUAAUUCUAUCUUUCAGAAAACAGAAAGCUGAUGCUCCCAAGAAAUCAUCCCUUACCAUUUAGCUUUAUGUUUGAAAUCAAUGACAUAAGCAGCUAAUUCAUAUUCAUGUGAAGGUUGAUGCAAAAUCAAUCACAAAGGAAUCUGCAGAGGGCAGAUUUGUUAAAAGGAACUAUUACCUAUGUAGCUUUUAGUUUUUAAAAAAAUCAAUGUGAUAAAAACACUGAUAAUAGAACUUAUACAUUAAUUUAGUGAUUCAUUGUAGGAACUCUCAUCCCAGUCAUCAUCUGUGGGCCUGUGUAGUGACUAUUGUAUGUUUGCUUUAUUCCUACCACCAUUUAAUGAGAAAACAAUUCUACACUUUGGUCACAAUAGUAAGGUGGCCACACACACACACACACACACACACACACAAAAGUGUAAACUGCAAUGGGGUUCAUUGGGGAAGGUGAGAUUAAUUUGCAAAUAUAUGAGGAAGAAGUAUAAGCAUUUGGAACAAUGAAAAGGUCUCAGUAUCUGUGUGACAAGGUAAAGGAGCCUCGGGAUGUGCAUUGAUUAUUAUUUGCUUAAAAAAUGUUUAUUUCCCUGACAACUCGCCUGGGUCCUUCUCUACAAUCUGUUCUUUAUUCCCGUGCUCUCCCCUUGGAUCUGUGUCACAUUUUCACAAACCAGAACUGAAGCUGCAAGGACACAUACAACUUUAAGGUCAGCUUUGCACAUUGGGUUAUUUUCCGAAUCUGAGAAGGCCAUUGUUUACUUUGUACUAUGGACAGCUGUCAGGGACUGGUGGCAGUGUACCUCAUUGGACUGGAUUCCAAACUCCCCCCAGUGCUCAGAAAACUGUAAACAUGGCAAUGGCCUCAUUUAUCUCUUUGUUUUUUAAUUUUCUUUUCAGUGCACGAUGGAAGUGUGGAAUAAAUGUAGAGGAAGUAAUCAGACCACAGUCAUAUUUUAGGCAUCCAUAGGCAUUAAUUUAGCUGCAUUGGGAGUACAUUUUUUGUUCUCUUUUUAGUGUAGAUUUAAGCACUUUGAAUAGCAUGAUUCAGGGAUUGAUGGGUAAUAUUUGAUAUUCUCACAACUUAUGAAACUUCUUUUUCCUCUAAUGCUUUGUCAUAUUUAAAAAAUGAAAUAAAUGCAAAAGAGGCUAUCUAUGGCUUUAGAAACAUUCCUCCCAAGUAUUCCUCUAUCAGCUCCAUGUGAGAACAAAUGAAGGAAACUGUCAUGUGUUCACGUGCUCUGUGUUUAACAAAAGUUCUGUUAGAACUCACAAUAAAAAGAGAAAAAAAUCGAUGUCCCCUAGUGCUUAGGUUUCAUCCUUCGCUUUUUUCAGUGGGGGCUGUGGGGGAUGAGAAUAUUCUAGUUGUAAAAACACAGUUGAAAGUAUGAAUAUGUUAGCCAAGCUGGGGGAGAGAAUGGACUUCCAGACUUGGACAUAUGUGAUGUUUGGUAUUGCCUGUUUUUCAUCAUUUGCCGCUCGAGCUCUGAACGACACGUUGUGGAUUCUAAAGAUCAUCUGGUUCUUUAGUGUAACCUCUACUUGCUGCUUAUGAGCAUCCUACCCCUUAUUCUGGUGCUCAAACUUUUGCUUAUUUAAUUUGUACUCCAUUCCUUAGGUCUCCUGUGGGCAGAGAAGACAUUUGUAUCUCAUGUAGACAGCUGAUUUCAGUUUAGAUCAAUUCUAUGAAACAAAUCUGAGACAUAAUGAGUUAAGAGACCUGAAUCUACUAUAUUUCUAUAGCUAAACACUCGAUUGCUCAAACAGUAAACCACUUUGUGAUUAUUACUUUCUUCAUAGUAUAUGUAUUUGGACCCUAUCAGCUUAAUCUUAAAAUAUAGAUGCUGGUUUCUUCCAUAUUUCAUUACUAUCUAGCAUUUUAUAACAAGAACAAAUAUUAACUGAGAGCCAACCCCUAAACUGUAAUCUUGUUUAUCCUAGAAUAGUCAUUAACUUUUCAGAUAUCGUUUAUAUAAAUUAAGAUCACCAUUUCUAGGAAAACAUCGAUUCAUACAUUUGUGAAUUAUUUUUGGAUUCUGGAAUGAUGCCCUAGUUCUCUUUUUUCUAAGGAGUAUUUUUUUUUAAUCUUGUGAUUAAUUUCUUUAUUUAUUAGGUUAAGUUUUGUAUCAUUAGCCCCAGAAGAAAGCAUAUUGAAAUUCAAAGGAUAGCAUCAGCAUUAUACAAAUGAAAUGACUGACUGGAAGUAAGAGAAUACACAUAGAAGAGGAAAAUCCCUUCCUGUCUCUGAUCUGAACUUGCUUGGUCAUUAAUCUUAUUUUUGACAUAGCUGAUUAAUAGAGGUGAAAUAUUAUUAAAUAGGUUAGAAAUCCCAUCUACAGACAGACACACAUUCCCUGUUGCUGAGGAACUUUUCUAACAGUUUAUACAAUUAUUACCAAAAGAUGGUGAUGCAACUAGAAUCCCUAAAAGGAGAAGCUUGUCAAUGGAAGCAGAGGCUAUUCCUUGCUUUAUCAUCAAUCCUUUACACUUUAUUGUUCUGAACGAAGAAGGUAACCAAUAAUCAAAGUUUGAUUAUCCUUAAUAGCAGAUCUUAAUCUUGGGUUCAAGGGUACCUUGGGUCUAUAAAAAGGAAUAAAAUAACAAAGCCCUUGAAGUUCCAGAUAAAAUUGUUAAUGUGUGUAAAACGGUGUUCGUCUGGGUGUGAGUCUCAAGAUAUCUAUCACCUAAAAAGCUACUGGUGUUUGGAUUUAGAAGGUAUUCUCAGAAACUGAUAUUCAGAUAAACCCACAUAUCUUGCAGGCAUUGUUUUGUCUACCACUCUCUACCUUCAUUCAUAAAAACUCGGGAGAUAAUUGUUGUUCUACUAGAGACAUGUCUCCUUCCAAAAUGGCUUGACUUUGUGGGAGACCUAGCAUACUGUAAACAAAAAUUUUGUAUGAUGACAAAUAAUUCAUGCUCAGAUAAAAACUAAUUGGCUAUCAUUGUUGUGAUAAUCUUACUCAUGUCUUCACCCAUUCUAAAAAUAGUUUGGGGUGAAUGUGAAAUUAUGUAAUUUGACAAUGAUGCCUUAUUUCAGUAAAUUUAUUUGGGAUUUAUGUUUAAUUAUUUUUCCUACAACAUAACUAAGAAUUCACCCAGUACGGGAAAAGAAGAAAUAAACAUUUGACAUGUUUUUCUAAAAAACAGAAAAUCCCACCAAGUUUUUUUAUGCAAAGAUUUAGAAGUGGCUAUAUAUUUGAUUUUCAGCAAUUAUGGUUUUGCCAGUUUCAUAACUUAUGAUAUGACUUUGGAGGAAUAUGAAGAAUUUUGAGAAUAAAGUUAGGUAGUGGUUAUUAAGUUUUACCUUUUACUUGUGAUUGGUAGCAAGGUGAAAGGUUAUUCUCUGUUAAUAAAUUGAGAUACUGUCACAAGGAGCUGUAAGAUCUAACUAAAUUUGAAUAAAGCAAGAGAAGGACGAUAUGAUGAUGAUGAGUUAAUCCUAAUCCUAAACGAAUGUGCCUUAUCAUCAUCAAAUUUCCAUCACAUUCAUAGAAAAUGGAUGUAAUUUUGGAUGUAAAAAAAUUGGAGCUCAAUUCCAAUCCUCUAUCAAGUAUCAUUUCUUCCUUCCAGGCUCAGAACGUAAAACAUGUCUUCGUGUGUGUGUGUGUGUCUGUGUGUGUGUGUAUUUCUCCUGCUCAUUGGAAAAUUUUUCUCUAAAUAGCCUCUGGGUCCACUGACAAACUCAUGUUUCUGAAUUCUUCAUUAAAGUAAGUAAAGUACUAUUGUUUUUUCUACCAUUCACUAUCUUCAUUGAUGUAUUCCCCCAUGGUCUGUAAGUCUGAAGCGCAUUCUCUUUUUAACAAAGGCAAUCACUCUUAAAAAAUCAUUACACUAUGUUCUCUCCACUACUAAAUGAAUAGAAUCGGAAAAACUGCACAUGAACUUGAGAAUAUUACAUGUAAUAUUGAUGUGUAAAUUUUAACCUUCAUAAUCCAGAUAACAUUAAGUUUCAAAGGGCAUGCUGUGUCAUUAAAAAAAGAUUUAAUGUGAAAUGACAUUAUUACGUAGUGCAUGAAAAUGUGGCAAAGUAAUUUGGAUCUAUCUUUACUAGUCAAUGAGAGAUUAAAUUUGGGGAGAUCAGAUGUGACCAUUUAGGUUAAUUCUCAACUGGGAUGAAGACAUCUUAAUGUUAGGAUACAUGGGUGGUUGUCCAUAUUCCUUGCAGUAUAUGCUCCUCUUAACUAGAAUCCUUAGUGUAUUCUUCCCACCAAAGUAGUGGAGGUAUGUUCACAUAAUCUGCUAUUGAACUGCAAAAACUUACAGUUUCAGAGUUUGAGGGAACCCAAAUAGGAAAAUUGAUGGAGUCAUUUUCCUCUGCUGGUGUUCAAGUCAUAUUUGAAACUUAGACACUCUCAGAUCUGUUCAACAGUCAGUAAAAAGUGCAUUUUUAUAUAGUGUUUCCCUUUAGUUUUGCCUACCCUCUUGAUUUUGUACAAUCUAGAAUGUAUGUAACUCAUGUGUAGGUGAUGGAGGCGCUCCUUUUUUUCUUAGAAUACUUACAAUUAUAUAUUUGGUUUUGCUUUGA